UGGCGUGGCGGGCUGUCAAAAUUAAUUUUCGCCUCCUAAAGUUUCGUUUCCUAAAUAGUUCUGAAAAAUACGCGAUCAAGAUCAAAAUGAAAAGAAUCUCUUUUUUUACAUAAAUUCCCGAAAUAUUCACCUGAAACUUUCAACAACUUCUUCCCCCCUUAUUUUCGAAGUUGUUGAGCAUGUGACGUAACCUCAAUGGCACCGGGGCACGGUGUGUUUAUUUUUGUGUGCUGCAAAUAUAUUCCGUGCGUGAGCAAUGCAAGUAAAUAGUAGAAGAGUGUGUGACGUGUUCCGGCGGCACUACACCAGUGGGGUGUCCGGGAAAACAGCCACGGCCAAGUAUGUUCGACAGCAAUUCCUGGAUUUCUUCAUCAGCACCAACCGCCACAGCUUCAUCCGCUCCAGUCCCGUUGUACCCUUCUGUGAUCCCACGCUGCCCUUCGUGAAUGCCGGCAUGAAUCAAUUCAAGGGUGUCCUUCUGGGACGUGAGGCACCCCCACAGAGGCGCGUGGCGAACAGUCAGAAGUGCAUCCGUGUUGGCGGGAAGCACAAUGAUCUGAAUGUUGUGGGAACAGAUGGGUAUCAUCACACAUUCUUCGAGAUGCUGGGCAAUUGGUCUUUUGGGGAUUACUUCAAGGAGGAAGCUUGUCGUAUGGCGUGGUCACUCAUUACUGGACCACUCCGGAUCAAUCCCCAGCGCCUCUAUGUUACGUACUUUGGCGGGAAUGAGCGUCUCGGCCUACCGGCUGAUACGGAAUGCCGGGAAAUUUGGCAAAGUAUCGGAGUGCCGGCUGAGAGAAUUCUUCCUUUUGGGAUGGAGGAGAAUUUCUGGGAAAUGGGUCAGACAGGGCCAUGUGGUCCAUGCACAGAAAUCCACAUUGAUCACACACUCAGGGGGGAGAAUAGAGCGCUGUCGGUUAAUCUUGGUCUGGCAGAUCUCACAGAACUCUGGAAUAUUGUCUUUAUUCAGUACAAUCGUGAGGAGGAUGGAACAAUGUCCAGCCUCCCUGAGAGGCAUGUGGACACAGGGAUGGGCUUUGAGCGCCUUGUAGCUAUUCAGCAGGGAUGUAGGAGUAACUACGACACAGAUCUCUUCACACCGCUUUUCCGAGCCAUUGAAAAUACCGCCAAAUGUGAUCCAUAUAGGGGCGCUUUUUCUGCCACAGCUGCCUCAUAUCACCUGGAUACAGCCUAUCGGAUAAUAGCUGAUCAUUCCCGCAUGAUUCUAGCCUGUUUAGCGGAUGGGAUGAUACCGGAUCAGAAUCACAGAUUGAGGAGAAUCCUCAGACGGACCCUCCUCAUCUCGGAGCGAUCCUUCUGUCAGAAGCGUCUCCUGGAUGAGGUGAUUCCGCGCGUGGCAGAAAUUCUCGGGGACACUUACCCCGAAAUGCAGAGUCGUCUGGGGGAUGUACUGCAAAUUGUCAGGCAUGAAGGGGAGAUUUUUGAUCAUCUUCGUCAGUCUAGUAGUCAGGAUGUGAAGAAACUCAUCAGAGAUUUCCCGCAUCUCGAGGAAUUGGAUGUACUCGAUUCCCCGGGAUUUGUUUUGGCUUUUGAGGAGCUGCAGAAGCACAAAAUGCACUUCAAAGUGGCCAGCAGUGGGCUUCCCAUUGUCCCGAGUGAUAUGCUCUUCAAAUUCUACAGCACAUAUGGAUUGGAUCGAGACACACUGGAACACUUGGCGUGCCUCGAGAAGCUCCACAUUGACAUGAGAGCCUUUGAGGAGCACCUCCGUGUGGCAAAGCGGAAGACACUUCUCUCCCGCAGGGGAUCACAGAAAAUCCUUCCGGAUCUGGCAAAGAUCCCCGAAACGGAUACAACGCCCAAAUACGAGUAUUCAUAUGAUAGGGAUCACCAUGUGUAUCGUGUUCCAGCGGUGGAGGCGCGUGUCCUGGCAAUUUUGGUUGAUCGAGACUGUGUGAAGGAAGUGAAGGAACUUCCAGAUGGUGAGACUGUGGCAAUUGCAGUUGAUAGGAGUAAUUUCUAUGUGGAAAGUGGUGGUCAGGAGGGGGAUUUUGGGACGUGUACCCUGGCAGAUGGGACAGAGAUGCUCAUAAGGGGAGUUGAGAAUGCCCAGAAUCACCUCCUACAUGCCAUUGUGUGGAAAAAUGGUGCUAGAAUUGGUCUUGGUGACAAAAUAGUUCUAAAUGUAAAUACCGAAGCACGUUCGGGGAAUAUUCUCCAUCACACCGCCACGCAUCUUCUCAAUGCAGCCGUCCGGAAGAUCACAGAUGGGGUUGUCUAUCAACGAUCGAGUUCCGUGAUGAGUUCGGGCAUGAAGAUGGAAUUUGGGGUGUAUGGUGAGAAGAAGCUGGAUGUGGAGAGUUUGGAAAAGGUUGAAGGUGUCGUAAGAUCUGCCAUUGUGAAUGAGAUUCCCCUGGAGAUCAGCACCAUUGAUGCGCAGGAACUUCUGAGGCGCAAUCAAGAGGUGACAAUGGUUCCGGGAGAAAUUUAUCCGGAUCGUGGGCUUAGGCUCGUUGAAAUUGUUCACAAAGGAGGUGAUUUCACAUCCCGGGAGCUGUGCUGUGGUACCCAUGCGAGGAAUACGAGGGAACUCGAGGAGUUCUGCAUAACAAAUGUUAAAUCCAUUGGGCGUGUGUCGUACGUUGUGUCAGGCGUGGCGGGGAAGGCGGCCAUUAAGGCGCAGGAAACGGGAAGACAAAUGAGUGAGGAUGUUCAGGUGAUUCAGAGGGAUCUGGAAACGGGGAAGCAGCAAAUAGAGCAUCUGGAAGCGAGGGUGCAUCGUCUCAAAAAUGUCCUCCAGCAUGGAUUUCAGGAGAAUCUCACAAUCCCGCACACAGUCAAAGUGACAUCCCUGGAGAUUCUCAACAAUAUUGCUAGGAAGAUUCGCACCGUUACGCGAGAAUCUCUCAAGGAAUUCAUUGAGAUUGAGAUGAAGAAUGUCCUGGAUGACAAUCCUCCACAUUUAAGUCCCUUUAUCGUUCACUUCCUGUCCAGUGCAUCACUCAUGGAGAGCGUAUCACUGUCAAAAGCCACGAGAUUGUGCCCAGAUCGACCAAUUUUAGUCAUAUCCCUCACUGGAGGGGAAAUUAAAGCUCGCUGCUGCAUACCGAAGGGAUUCAUUACGAAGGAAUUCACUGCAGAACAGUGGGUCAGGGAGGUAGCUCAAGUAUUCAAUUCAUCCUAUGCUGCUCCAAAGGGACAAGAUGGGGCCCUCGUGUGCAAUAUGAAGGGAAAGAAAAUUAAAUUCUCCGCCGUUGAUACUCAAUUGGAAACUGCCCUCACUUUUGCCCGGGAUUAUGCUUCCAAAUUCAUGCCACGCUGAUCGUUAUCAAUAAAAAAAAGUUGUUGCAAUUUGUAA